AAAUAAGUCAUUGUGGACUAUUUUACAAACAACCAAACAUUAUUUAUUUUAUGAAAGUUAUAUAGUAUUUAUAUUUGUAAUACAUAUUUUAAAUAACCAUGUUAUCUGCUGCCAAAGUGCGUAUUCAUGGCAUGCAAGAUGAAAAUUGGGUGAUUAAGGAUAAAAUCAACCAAUACCGUGGAUUAAUAAAACUUUAUGAAAGAGACCGGAAAAUCCAUGAAGGCGAUUUGGCGAAGCAGAAGAAACGGUAUUCCCGUGACAUUCGCCAAUUACGGAAAGACAUAACCAACAAACGCGAAGAAUUGGAAGUGGCAGUAUAUGGCGACAAGCAGUUCCUUCGUAACGCCUUCCAAGAACACAGACGCUUGCAGCUCACUUACAUGAAUAGCCAGGCUGAUAAAGUACUGGAGAGUAUUCAUCAAGAAAAUUUCAAUAAAAGAAAGCAGCUGGAUAGAAUCAGGUACACGAAAAAGAAGAAAAUGGAGCAAUUUCGUCAAGUUCAGCUUCAAACAGCAGAACUUCAUGAUCGUGUUAUAUAUGAAAUCGGAGGAAAGCUGCCCGCCGAGAAAAAGGAACAGGCCGUUGCUAAUUACGUCCAGCGCGCCAACAUUAAAAAGAACGCAGCUUUGGCUAUAAAAGUCAUGUAUAAAAAAAUUCUGGAUAUUUUAAAGAAGGAUUCCUCGUAUUUCACAGUAGUUUUGGACGCCCUAAAAUUGGAUUGUCGUGCACAAGGCAAGUGUUUGAUGGGAGCGACUGAAAUGGGGCAGUUAGCUAUGGAGUACUUGGACGAUAGGAAAUUCGAAUUCAACAAAUUAGAGAAAGAGAUCAAAUUGAACAUGAAAGAGAGGGAAAGGACUUUAAAGCUCGUCCGAAGAGAAGUAGCUUUUUUGACGGAUUCAUUUCCAAACCUUAUAAGGAAAGAGGAAGCUACUAAUCUGGAUGACUUAUAUGAAGACGAGGACGCUGCAAGUCAACAUUCUGUGCAUUGGGAACUUGAAGAGGUGAUGGAGAUUUGCAAACGCCUACAGAAGGCAACGCUUGUGUCUUCCUUUGAUAAAAUCCUUCCAAGGUUGAAAGAGCAGAGAUAUCAAACAGAACGCUUGAUGACGCAAUUGACUCUCAACAGCAUGAAGAGGGAUGCUCUUCUGGAGGACCGGAAACAUGCGAUAUUGAUGCUAGAUUCGUUGAAGAAUGUUGGGCAGGAAAGUACUGCACAACAUAUUCAAGAGAAGAAACAAAUCAGGGCAGCUCUUGCGGCAGAGGAAAGAGAGGAGCGAGAGUUGACGCAAGCGCUAGAUCAUAAAGGCCGGCUCAUCAUCGAGAUGAAGACCUCCUUACAGCAGAUAGACCAACUACUGUCCAGUGUUGGUGCACCGAAUGUGAGCAGACCUCAAAAGGAUGCCCCGUCAGCUAUAAAGUAUGCGAUCGAGGAUGUUAUCCAACCAAUACCUGAACUUGAAGAUGAUUUUGAUAAACUACUCUCGACUGCGCGUCAGAAGAUCACCAUGCUCGUACAAGCGGUAUCUAAAAUGGAAGUGACUGAAGAAGUCCGCACAGACGCCCGACUUUUCUAUCACAACAUACUGGCGAGGUUCAUGCGAGAUAACUACAAAGAUGAAGUUAUAGUGGAAGGAGGAUUGAUAGAAUUCGAAAUGGAGGAUCCCAAUGUGCCGAGCCAUGCAAUCGUCAAGCUAAGAAGCAAACAGCUCGUAGACGCACAAGUUAGCGAAUUCGACGUGCCAGACGUGCCUGCCAAGAAGUAGACAAAUGUACCUCAAGGCCUACCUUGUAACUGAGACAGUUUUAUUAGUAAGAGGAGUGAUAUAAGAUGCAGGCGGAGUGAACAGUCCGACUGGCCAAUUCACGCUCCACUCCGCCCAGCUCCGCAUCAUUGGAACGCACCCUAACAGCUUUGUAAGCUUAAUAAGGGUAAUUCAUAAUUAUUCGUAGCUGCGGCCUUCUACAGAGCUACGGAUUACGGAUAACCGUAGGCCGUAGCACUGUAGAAGGACCGCGUUAACCGGGAAUGUUAUUGUGCUUAAAAUUAUUGCGCUGAACGACUGUUCAGGUGCCUAGGCAUCGCGAAUAUUUUUUAUGACUUCAUAU